AUGCCUGGUGGUAAGAUUUCUAAGAAGGUACGCCGUUUCUUCUCCUCUGAUAAUAAUCAACUGAUAUUUACUGCUAAAAUAUCAAGUGGGAUUAAGAAACUUAAAGAAAAGUUGGAUAAUGCAGCUAAAAAUCAUAAUGAUUUUGGGUUUAGUAAGUUGUAUAAGCCUGUCAAAAGUAGAGAGAAAACAUGUUGUUAUGUGCUUGAACAUGAUAUUAUUGGGAGAGAUGCUGACGAAAAGAUCAUUGUGGAUUUGUUGUUAAAGGACGACUUGGAAAAAAAUAAUAUUUCUUUUGUGACCAUUGUGGGGAUUGGGGGGCUGGGAAAAACUACUCUUGCACAGCUCGUAUAUAAUGAUUGUAGGAUCAAAGAGGCAUUUAAAGAAAAUAUGUACUGGGUUUGUGUGUCUGAAAAUUUUAGCAUGGAAGAUAUCCUAGGUAAGAUGAUUAGCAAGGAGGGGCUUGAAUUUGAGGAUUUAUAUCUAAAAUUUCGAAAUAAGAUAGAAGGGGAAAGGUACUUGCUUGUUUUAGAUGACGUAUGGUCUGAGAACUGUAUGAAGUGGACUGAGUUGAAAAAAUUCUUGAUCCUAGGGGGAAAGGGAAGUAGGAUCUUAGUGACUAGCCGCUCCAAGAAGGUAGCAGUAUGUAUUGGAAACUAUCCAAUUCAUGUGUUGCCUGGUCUUUCGGAAGAGGACUCUUGGAAAUUGUUCAAAAAAAUAUCGCUUGGAGAAAGGCAAGACGAAGCAGUCACUGGUCUAGUUGAGAUAGGUAAAGAAAUAGUGAGAAAAUGUGUCAAUGUGCCGCUCUCAAUAAAGGUGGUAGCAAGUUUGUUGUGUGAUCAAGAUGUUGCAGCUUGGCAGUUAUUCAAAAGUGUCGAUUUGGCUAAGUUAUGUGAUGAUGAUGACGACAUAAUGCCAACAUUGAUGUUUAGCUAUUAUCAUCUUGCUCCUGAGUUAAAAAGUUGCUUCAGCUUUUGCUCACUCUUCCCCGAGGACUAUGUUAUUAGGAAAGAGGAGUUAAUUUGUCUAUGGAUGGCACAAGGAUAUCUUGUUCCAAGUUCUUAA